ACCUCCGGGAAAUUAAAAAAAAUCGGUGGCUUACGGUCGUCUCCGAUUUCGACUCUCAGAGAGACUUGAAAAAAAGCCUCCCUCACUCUCUUUUUACUUUUCUUAGAGGUAGAGAAGCUCAGAUUCUUCGUUGCAGGAUUAGUUUAUUUGAAGCAGGAUUGGUGUGAUGAAUGGUGAUGAGAACGGUGAGGGUUAUCCAGUUACUGAUCUUAAAACGAAAGAGAGGCAUAGUGGAGGAGAAGAUAAAGGCAAUGGAGUCCCUAUGGAUGCGAGAAAUGGGCCUGGCCAAGGCUCCUCACCUGGAUUGCAAGUUCCACUGUCGCAACAAACGCAGGCCACUGUUUGUUGGGAAAGGUUUCUUCACGUCAGAACCAUCAGAGUGCUGCUGGUGGAAAAUGAUGACUGUACUCGUUACAUUGUUACUGCCCUUCUUCGUAACUGUAGCUAUGAAGUUGUGGAGGUAGCAAAUGGUGUGCAAGCUUGGAAGGUGUUGGAAGAUCUAAACAAUCAUAUUGACAUUGUGUUGACUGAGGUAGUCAUGCCUUACUUAUCUGGUGUCGGCCUCUUAUGCAAGAUUUUGAAUCACAAAUCUCGCCGCAACAUCCCUGUCAUCAUGAUGUCAUCUCAUGACUCAAUGGGGCUGAUCUUUAAAUGCUUAUCAAAAGGAGCAGUUGACUUUCUCGUUAAGCCGAUAAGGAAAAACGAGCUUAAAAUCCUUUGGCAACAUGUUUGGAGAAGAUGUCAAAGUUCUAGUGGCAGUGGAAGUGAAAGCGGAACACAUCAAACUCAAAAGUCCGUGAAAUCAAAGAAUAUUAUAAAAUCUGACAACGAUUCAGGACACAGUGGUGAGAAUGAAAAUGGGAGCAUUGGCCUGAAUGCUAGUGAUGGAAGUAGUGAUGGGAGUGGUGCCCAGAGCUCUUGGACGAAGAAAGCUGUGGAGGUUGAUGACAGUCCACGAGCCGUGUCUCUAUGGGAUAGAGUUGAUAGCACAUGCGCACAAGUGGUACAUUCAAACCCCGAGUUUCCCAAUAAUCACUUGGUUGCAGCACCUGCUGAGAAGGAGACUCAAGAACAGGAUGAAAAAAUUGAAGAUGUCACAAUGGGUAGAGACUUGGAGAUUAGUAUUCGUAGAAAUGAUGAUUCAAAAGAUGAGCCCCUAACUAAAACCACUGGCAUCCUGAGACAGGAGAAUUCAUUUGAAAAGAGCUCUAGCAAAUGGAAAUUGAAAGUUGGAAAAGGACCGUUGGAUCUCAACAGUGAAAGUCCUUCAAGUAAACAAAUGCAUGAAGAUGGAGGAUCGGGUUUCAAAGCUAUGUCUAGCCACCUUCAAGAUAACAGAGAACCGGAGGCGCCUAACCCACACUGCAAAACUUUAGAUACCGGUGAAGCUGCCGUCAAAACCUCUGAAGAGCUGAUGGACGUUGAACAUAGUUCAAAGAGGCAUCGUGGAACCAAAGAUGAUGGGACAAUAGUUAGAGAAGACCGCAAUGUGCUGAGGCGUUCAGAGGGGUCAGCUUUCUCAAGGUAUAAUCCAGCCGCAAAUAACAAUAAGCUUCAUGAUAUUAAUUGCCAAGAUCUUACAAAGAAGACUGAAGCGGCGUGUGAUUGUCACCUAAACAUGAACGAGAGUCUCCCCAAUAAUCAUCACUCACGCUUCGGGAGCAAUAACUUGGAAAUGAGUUCCACGACUGGAGCUCCAAAAGUGAGCUCGGCAGGAUCUUCAACAGUUAAGCACUCAUCGAUUCAGCCUCUACCUUGUGAUCAUCAUCACCACACGUCCUAUAAUCCUGUUCACAUCCCUGAGCGGAAGUUACCGCCACAACGUGGAUCCUCAAAUGUGUACAACGAAGCGAUUGAAGGUAACAACAACGCAGUGAAUUACAGUGUGAAUGGAAGUGGAUCAGGUAGUGGUCACGGAAGCAAUGAUCCAUAUGGAAGUAGCAAUGGCAUGAAUGCUGGAGGAGGGAUGAAUACGGGCAGUGCUAAUGGUGCUGGUGAUGGUAGUGGAAGUGGAAGUGGUAGUGGGAAUGUUGCAGAUGAAAAUAAGAUGUCUCAAAGAGAAGCUGCUUUGACAAAGUUCCGUCAGAAGAGAAAAGAGAGGUGCUUCAGAAAGAAGGUACGAUACCAAAGCAGGAAAAAACUAGCAGAACAACGCCCUCGUGUCCGUGGCCAGUUCGUGCGUAAAACAGCUGAUGCAACGAAUGAUAACGACAUAAAAAACGUUGAGGAUAGCUGACAGGAAGUUCUCUACAAAACCAACACUUAUCAGCUUUAAAAAAAAUGGUAACCUUCUCAUCAUCUUUGUUGGGACCUAUCAGUAAAUCAAUCUAUCUAUCACCUGUUUUUUUAACAAACUUUCAUUACCCUCAAAAGUCUGAUUCUUUGAUACUACUACUACUACAACUAUUCCACGAAACAAGGACACGACUUGUUAUGGUCUGGUUUGUGGAUUCAGGAGAAAAGGAUUUGGUUCAUGAGUUGUGUAGAUGUUGUAAACUUGUAAAGCAAUAACCACUGGUUGUAUAUUUUUUUUGUAUAAGCUUUGUUGUUGAAGCCGAGUAGGAUACAGUCUCGUAUUUUUGUAUCAGCAUCAUCUCUUCUUCUAGUAUUA